AUGACGACGCCAGUGGGCCCAGUGCCCAUGGGUGCAUUGUCGAAGACACCAGCGGCACCAGCGAGCCCUGUGCAUCAGCGCAGACCGUCGGCGUCGGUUUCUCCUGAAGACUUAGCACGGUCCCAGCGCCACGCGGCCAUUCUUGAGGGCCUCCUGAGUGCGCCGCCUACGCCCCUCAACAACCUCGACGACCUCCGCAUGGCUCUUCCUACUCUUCCGGGCAAGUGGUACGUAGUUGUCGUGGGCACCAAAGUUGGUGUGUUCAGUCACUACUGUCUGAUGGCACUGCCCAGUGCGGAGGCGGCGAGAUACGUGAAUGGAGUUUCUGAGGCGGUCCAUCUGUCCUUCAGAAGCUACGACGAGGCACGGGCUGCGUUCAAACGAGCCGAGGACAACGGUGAUGUUAAGGUGCAGCCGGGCCCUGAAAGCGGCGAGACGUGCAGCGAGAAGAAAUAUAAUGAGACACCUACAGCACACACCAAGAAGCAAGAAUUCUUCUCCAGCCCUUUCCUGGGCUGGGACCCAUCCACCCUACCACCGCGUCUCCUAGAGCUGGCUCGCGAGCCAUUCAAGUCACUCGGAACGGUCGAAGAGUCAUAUACGAGCGACCUCGGCCUUCACAAAUGGCCGUUUGAGUUCGUGGGCCCGGAGCGCGAUGUACUGGAGGGGAAUGAUCACGACAGUGGGAUAUUGACUGCCGAGCGAGCAAUGCGCAUGCUCAAUGGCAGGCAGUUGGAAUUCAUGGUCGAGGCGGGGUUUCAGCGGAUGAAGCAGACGAAGGCUGUGGGCAGGAACUGGCCGGUCGACGUCAUAUCUGCGUUGGAGUGCGAAGUGAAGGAGAGGCUUACGGCUUGGGAGGCAAUCACGCAGAGGAAAGGGCGGGAACAUACAGUAUAUGGGAACAUUGCUCGUGAUGUGUACCUUCACUGGGGCGCGAAGCAUAUAUGCGGUUUACUGAAGGAAGUGGAGGACAUCUGCGCAGGCGUCACACGACUGGAAGAGCUAGAGGUCCAAGGAGGCUUAGCAUGGCAGAGUAUGAACAUCGUCACGGACUGA